AAAAAAAAAAGUUGUGUGUAAAAGCAAAAACUUUGCAACAGCAUUCCACCGCCACCAAACAAAUUAACAAAACUAACAAUCUAACCAUUCAAUGGCUGCGGCAGCGAGUACCUGCCGAACCCCGAUAAAUCCGCCACACAACCCUUGUAUUUCUUCCCCCCAAAAUCUUCAAUUCAAAUCUCCAAUCAAAUUUCACCGAUUUCAUAAUUUAAUUUCAUUAUGUUCUUCAUCAUCAUCCAUUGAAGGCGGCCCCACUCAAGGAAAAACCACUUCACUUCCCAGGCCAUUAACAUCUGUUGAUUUGACUGGAUUGCCAGCUGAAGGUUCUCGAAUACGUGUUGCUUAUCAGGGAGUUCCGGGGGCGUAUAGUGAAUCGGCUGCUGAAAAGGCUUACCCUAACUGUGAGGCUGUCCCGUGCGAACAAUUCGAGACUGCUUUUGAGGCUGUUGAGCGGUGGCUGGUCGACCGGGCAGUUUUACCUAUUGAGAAUUCUUUAGGAGGUAGCAUUCAUAGGAAUUAUGACCUGUUACUUCGACACAGACUGCACAUUGUUGGGGAAGUGAAACUUGCCAUCCGCCAUUGCUUGCUAGCUAAUCAUGGUGUCAAAAUCGAAGAUCUGAAAAGGGUUCUUAGCCAUCCACAGGCUCUUGCCCAAUGUGAGAACACAUUAACACGAUUAGGGAUAGUCAGAGAAGCUGUUGAUGAUACUGCUGGUGCUGCGAAGCAUGUUGCUCUCCAUGAACUUGAGGAUACUGGAGCAGUUGCUAGUGCUGCUGCUGCUAAGAUCUACGGAUUAAAUUUACUUGUUCAGGAUAUUCAGGAUUAUUCUGAUAAUGUCACUCGAUUCUUAAUGCUUGCAAGGGAACCCAUAAUUCCACGUACCGAUAGACCAUUCAAGACAAGUAUUGUCUUCUCACUAGACGAGGGCCCUGGGAUGCUUUUCAAGGCACUUGCAGUGUUUGCUAUGAGACAAAUAAAUCUUACCAAGAUUGAAAGUCGUCCUCUGCAAAGACAGGCCUUACCUGCACAUAAUGAAAUUACCAACGGUUUUCCUGGGUCUUUCCCUUACCUUUUCUAUGUUGACUUCCAAGCAUCCAUGGCCGACCAAAGGGCCCAGAAUGCACUUUCACACCUUAAGGAGUUCGCUACUUUCUUGAGUGUGCUAGGAAGUUACCCUGAGGAUGUAACCAUAUAAUGCUUUCAGAAUUUGCGCCUAUUUAGGCCUACUCAGGACAUGCAUUCGUGAAUGCAGAAUAUGCAACGAGGAAAUGAAAUUGCAGGCUAUGGUCCUUCGUGGAGAUGUUUGGGAUCACAGGAUAAUGUUUUGCUAUGAUAUAUCAAAAACUUGUAUAGAUCAAUAGGACCUCCAAAUGAAACCUUUUCAGCAGAAAUCCGCCCAGAGAGGAUUUACUGCUGCAUUUAUUGAUUUGAUUCAGUUUUAAUAAACUCCAGAAAAAUGCAAUUAAGAAGCGAAAUAAAAUAUCGAGUUGACAUGAA